AUGACUAUAGUCAAGUUCCGACCCAAAUUUCUUGAAUCAAGACGUGUGGGACUGGAGUAUUUCCUAAAGUCAGUAUCUCAUCUCAACUGCCGUGACUACUAUGCAUUCUGUGUACUUCUAAAUCCAGAAUUCUCUGGCUUACCCAUUGUCAAAGAGUUCCUCUUUGGCCGUAUCUGUUAG